AUGGACAAGACUUCGGUGUUUCUUCUUUUCCUCUUUUUCCUAGUGGCAACGCAGGCUUACGCCCUAGGUGGAAUUGUGGGAGGCAAAACAGAGGUGAAGAAUGUGAAAACCAAUAAGGAAGUGCAAGAACUGGGCAAAUACUGCGUGGACCAGUACAACAGUAAACAGAAGCACGUUGCAAACGGCAGAAAACUGCUCACGUUUUCUCAGGUGGUGGAAGCGGAGAAGCAGGUCGUUUCCGGGAUCAAGUACUAUCUCAAGAUCUCUGCAGCCACUUAUGGGGGCGGAGUUCCCAAGAAUUUCGAUGCUGUUGUGGUGGUCAAGCCGUGGGUGGACUCAAAAGAAUUGCUCAACUUUGCACCUUCAACUCCAGCUCCUACCAAAUAG